AUGUCUUUGGAAGCUAUUAAAUUUGACAAGUCUGAUAUCAAGCUGUCGAUUCUUGACCAGCUUUUGAUUCCUUACCAAACCAAGUAUGUGGAUGUCAAAUCGAUUGGCGAUGGUUACGAUGUCAUCAAGAAGAUGCAGGUGAGAGGUGCUCCGGCCAUUGCAAUUGUUGGAUGUUUUUCUGUGGUGGUGGAGCUGUACAGGAUUAUUGAGUUAGGGGAAUUGACCUCCUUGAGAUAUAAUAUCCAAGAUCUGGAGGAGUUGAAGGAAAGACUCACACAAAGGCUGGACUUCCUGAUCAGCUCUAGACCCACUGCCGUUAACUUGUUGAAUGGGUGCAACGAAAUCAAAGAGUUGAUGGUGAAGGCUUCCUCUGUCAGAGAACUCUAUAAUUCCAUCAAGGAGUUUAGUGUGAAACUCUUCGAAGACGAUCUGGUCAACAACAAAAGAAUCGGAGACAAUGGUUGUGAUUACAUCUUCAACGAACUCUCCAAAGAGAAUUUCAAGGGCGAGUUUUCCGUCCUUACCAUCUGCAACACAGGUUCUUUGGCUACCUCCGGUCAUGGAACUGCUCUUGGUAUAGUGAGAUCCCUUUGGGCUAGGUCCAAGUUGAGUGGCGCUGAGUCGUCGGAGAGUUGGCUGUCUCAUGUGUACGCCUGUGAGACCAGGCCCUACAACCAGGGUUCCAGAUUGACAGCUUAUGAGCUCGACUACGAGAAAAUUCCGUUCAGCCUGAUCACUGACAACAUGGUUUCUUUCCUGGUUGACUCUUUGGUAAACGAAAGAAAAGAUCGUGGUCUCCCCUCUCUUGCUCCCAUCAAGUUCAUUAUCGUUGGUGCAGACAGAAUCGUCAAGAAUGGUGAUCUUGCAAACAAAAUCGGGACCUUCCAACUCUCACUCAUUGCUUCCCAAUAUCCAAGCAUUAAGUUUAUUGGAGCUGCUCCCUGGACCACUAUCGACCUCAAUAAAGAUUCUGGAGAUGAAAUAGUCAUUGAACAGAGACCUGCGAACGAGCUCACUAGCGUAAUGGGAGGGGAACUGGACGAAACAGGAACCGUCCUUCAGAAGGAUGCCUCCUCCAAAAUCAAGCUCACCAAAGUCAAAUUGGCGCCAAUGGACAUCUCAGUAUGGAACCCUGCCUUUGAUGUUACUCCUCACAAGUUUAUCGACAGUAUUGUCACCGAGGAAUCGUAUCUCACCAAGGACUCCCAGGGUUCAUUUACGUUAGCCAGAUAG